GGGGGGCCGGUGGGAAGAUACAAAAACCGAGAUAAAUGUAGAAAAAUUCAGUGAUUAAUCGAAUGCUGAUUCGCGAUUUGAGGAGCGCGGAGCACACAGAUAGUUAUCUUUCGUACGAAGUCGCGAUGAACGUGACAAUUGUCUCACGCGACAGCAAAAGAUUUUCUUGCUUCGACGAUUCAGAGCUGUUCGUGCAAUAUUAUUCGCCAACGUCGAGCGAUGUCUAGCUCGGAUUUAUUGAGCACUGAAUGCGAAGAGUGUGUGGAAUUUUUCGAUGUUUGCCUCGCGCUAGAUCAUCAAGAGGUGACAAAGCUGGACACUAACAAUGAGGUAGAAUAUUCACAAGAAGCGAUAGAAUUGCAAGACGCCAGGGUGCAAGAGACUACCAUGACUUGUCUGGGGACACUAGUAUUUGCGGACAAACAUUCUAGACAAUCAUUGAGUAUGAGUGAUUCGACCAAAACACAAGUUGUCAAUUCUUUGUCCCUUGCUUAUGAAGAUCUUUUCACCAUACCACAUAACAUAUUGCAAGAUUUUGGUACCGCUAUAUAUCACUUAGAUAUUAGCCACAAUAUGUUCAGUAGGAAUUUACAAUUUCUAUCAGAAUUUGACAACUUGAGAUCUCUCAACAUGGAUCACAAUAUGAUAGACGACACUACUGUGUUCCCACACAUGCCAAAUCUUGAGCUUCUGUGGCUGAAUCAUAACCAGAUUGCAAAUUUGUAUCCAUUUGUCAAGAAUCUCCAAAGAAGUAUACCGAACCUCAAAUACUUGUGCCUUAUGGGAAACAAGGCAGCACCUAGUUAUCUUAAUGGUGGAACUUUCUAUGAUUACAUUAACUACAGGUUAUUCGUGUUAUCCUGGUUUCCAUAUCUGGUGCACUUGGAUGACAGAACAGUAACUGAAGAACAGAGAUUGGAAGCUAAGAGAUUGUACAAACGACCAAUUUAUGAAGACUUGAUACCACUGCCAAAAUGCAUAAAAGAUCUAAGCGACAAAAUAAUUGUAUCCAAACCACCAAUUCCUAAUACACAACAAGUGGCAAGAGAAAGGAAUUCUAUUAUUUGAGUAGUAUUCAAGCGCAGCUCAAAAAAAAAAAAAUCUUAAU